UAAGGUGGUCGGUUCCUCUUCCAUCCAGUUCUCUUUAGUGUUUGCCAAUGUUGGAGGUGUAACUGGGGUCUGGCCCUGGAUAAAGGAAUAGAGCAUGGCUCAAGUGAAAGUACAGACCUCAGCGCCCCUGGCUGGUCCUGGCCUCUCCCCUGGAGUCCCUCCAACGGCCAUGGCCAGUCAAGGAUCCCUGGGUCUGCAGCCCUCCGUCAAUGGCACAGGCCCGGCCCCCACACCCGCCUGCCCUGCUCCUGCAGUCGGAUAUGGGGACGCCCCUGUGUCUGCCACACCGCCAGGCCCGCCCCAGGAGAACAUGGCAAACCCUAAAGAGAAAACUCCAAUGUGUUUGGUGAAUGAGUUAGCCCGUUUCAACAGGAUCCAACCACAGUACAAGCUCCUCAAUGAGAGAGGCCCUGCACACGCUAAGAUCUUCACCGUGCAGCUGACUCUUGGGGAGCAGGUGUGGGAGGCAGAGGGCACCAGUAUUAAAAAGGCGCAACACUCCACAGCUGCCAAAGCACUGGCUGAGAGUGUCCUUCCCAGGCCAGCGCCCCGCUCCCCUAAAGCUGACAUCAACAGUAACCCAGGCAGUAUAACACCCACAGUCGAGCUGAAUGGUCUGGCCAUGAAGAGAGGGGAGCCGGCUAUCUACAGGCCUUUGGAUCCCAAGCCGAUGCCCAACUACAGAGCCAAUUACAACUUCAGAGGGAUGUUUAACCAAAGGUACCAUUAUCCUGUUCCUAAGAUCUUCUAUGUGCAGCUGUCUGUAGGGAGUCAUGAGUUUAUUGGUGAGGGACGCACUCGCCAAGCAGCCAGACACAACGCUGCCAUGAAGGCCCUGCAAGCCCUCCGCAAUGAACCCAUCCCUGAGCGGCCACCACAGAAUCCAGAGGAAAAGGGGGAGACGGAGGAAGGCGCUGAUGCCAGUAAAUCAGAGAUCAGCCUGGUCUAUGAAAUUGCCCUCAAGAGGAACUUGUCUGUUAAUUUUGAGGUGUUGAAGGAGAGUGGGCCCCCACACAUGAAAAGCUUCCUGACCCGUGUCACCGUGGGGGAGUUCUCUGCCGAGGGUGAGGGCAACAGCAAGAAGCUGUCCAAGAAACGUGCCGCUCUGUCCAUCCUGCAGGACCUGAAGAAGCUUCCCUCCAUACCCACUGUGGAAAAACCCAAGACACACUACAAGAAACGAACCAAGACCAUCCUCAAGACAGGACCAGAUUAUGGACAGGGCAUGAACCCGAUCAGCCGUCUAGCCCAGAUCCAGCAGGCCAAAAAGGAGAAGGAGCCCGAGUACCUGCUGCUCUCAGAGAGAGGGAUGCCCCGACGUCGGGAGUUCAUCAUGCAGGUGAAGGUGAAUAAUGAGGUUGCCACGGGAACAGGGCCCAACAAGAAGGUUGCCAAGCGGAAUGCAGCUGAGGCUAUGCUGCUACAGCUGGGAUACAAGGCCUCCACAGUCCCUCAGAACCCGGCUGAGAUGGACAACAAAGGCUGGAAUGGACAAAAGGCGUCUUUUACUGAAGCGACAAGCAACACCCAAAAGGGUCUGCUCCACCUAAGCCCAGAUGUCUAUCAGGAGAUGGAGGCCAGUAGAAAGCAAGGUGGCAGUGCUCCGGGCCCCGGGAGCACCAGUAGCAACUCCGUUAACUACAUGGCAUCAAAAGACAUGGGGCCCUGCUCUGCCCCGCUACCCCCAGGACACCCUUCUUAUUACAGUGGCUCAUCCUCCUCACCCAGCCCAACCGCUACCAUGGCCAGGGAGCUGCUGCUGAAUGGUCAGUCACCCACAGCCGAAGCCUCACUGCCCAUGAAGGGGAAGAACCUGGCCUGUGGUGUCUCGGUGCAGCCAGCACAGCAGCUGGACUACCUGGCUCGCAUCCAGGGCUUCCAGGUGCAGUACAGCGAUGCGCAGAGUGGUAAGGAUUUUGUGACCUAUCUGACUCUCUCCCCUGUGCAAAUGACUUUCCACGGCACUGGGAGCACCCUCCAAGCCAGCCAUGACCAGGCUGCUCUAAGUGCCUUGAAACAGCUGUCGGAGCAGGGACUGGACCCAGUGGAUGGCCCCAUCAAGACCACUGAACCAUGUGGGAGGGAGGACGGACAUUAAACAGACUAACUCAGGCACCACCACUCAGGUCUGCAAGGAUUCAAAGGCUGUCGUCUAGGAGCUGACAACCCCCCGAACCUCUCCUUCAACAUACACACUCCCACCCCCGCCUCCUAUAACCCUGAUCCCACAUAACCUCCAGCCACCACCCGCAGUCCCCGCCCUACCCUCUCUACCCCUCACGAUCGCCACUGUAUCCUGCAAAACCUGUCAACAUGCAAUAGGGUGGAUGUGCACCAAGAAAUGACCGACUAAAACACCAUUACCCGAGUCUAUGUGAAGACAACGCUAUCUUAACACGUUUAUUGAUGAUUUCAGUCAAAAUUUAGAGGACAAGAUAAAUGAAUAAAUACAAUACAAGCUAAUGAUAAAUGCAUGGUACUGUGUAAAAUCAAGGGAAGUCCAAAGCGAUACCCUGCAUAGACAAUUUUCCCUUUGGAUAGAUGUUGGUAUGGUUAAAACAAAUAAUGUACAUCAUGCCAUUGAAAUACAAAAGAAACACAUUAG